AUGAAAUAUAUUAAUAAAAAAAAAAAUAAGCAACAAGCAAUUAGAAGUCUACAAGAUGCUAUGACUGAUCAAAAACAAAAUGACUCUAUAAAUCAAUCAUCUGAACAACGUACUAUUAAUCUAGGUACAAAUACAAGGGUAUUAUCACAAGAUUCUGAAUCUGAGCUAGAAAGUGAAGAAGAAACUAAAAAUAAGCCUAUGAUAAGCAUCAUUAAUGUUCAGAACCUCUUUAAAGUUGCUU